AUGCGUUGGGUCAUUGUCAUGUUGGAAGACCCACCCACCAGGAUACGCUGGGGAGAUUAUAUCUCUCGGCUGGCUUGGGAACGCCUUAGGGUCCCUCCGGAUAAGCUGGAGGAGGUGGCUGUCAGUCAGAAGCAUAUUAGCAGCUCUUCGUGCUCCUUUAGUUCCUACAGGACGAUCAACAUGCUGCUGCUCUUCCUGCUCCUCGUGGACGUUUCCCAGCAUGCCUCAGGUGUGGAGGUGUUUGAGGGGGUGGAGUCCGUCCUGCUGCCAUGCCGGGAUUCUUCUGUACCUCGGAGCCACACGCUGGUGUGGCACCGCUACGACCUCAAUUCUCCAAUCAUACAUCAGCGUAGCAGAGCAGGUGAUAAACUGAGUGAUCAGCACAGACGUUACAGAAGCCGAACAUCCGUGAAGACCAACGCUCUGCAGACCGGAGACUUCAGCCUGACUCUGAGGAAACCCCGCCUCUCUGACAGCGGCACCUACACCUGCACCGUCACAGCAAUCGGAAACACACGCACACUGACAACUGUACAGCUACAGGUCAAAGUGUCCCACCAAGUCUUCACUGUGGAGGUGUACCAGGGGGCGGAGUCAGUACUGCUGCCCUGUGAGAUGCCUUUUGUAACAGGACUCGCCACAGCGGUGUGGAGCCACUACGACCUCAACCCUCCAACCGUCCACCAGCAUCAGCAGGCAAGAGAGGAACAAAACAGUCGUUACAGCAGCCGAACAUCCAUGAAGAUCGACGCUCUGCAGACUGGAGACUUCAGCCUCACUCUGAGGACACCCCACCUCUCUGACAGCGGCACCUACACCUGCACCAUCAGAGAGUUUGGAGAAGAGCCGAGACUGACAAAUGUUCACCUGCAGGUCAAAGAGCCGUACACUUUUCCAGCUGAGGCCUGGUGUCUUCUGGCUCUCCUGGCUGUUGCACUUGGUGUCAUUGUGGCUUUUGUAUUAUAUUUAAGGAGAAACAAAGUUAGCAGGAUGGAGGUGGAGUCAGGGGUGGAGACAGUUUACCUACCUUGCAAAACCACAGGUCACCUGCCUAAAGAUGCUAAAGUGGAGUGGACAAAAAGUUCCAGAACAGUCCACGUGUAUCAGAACGGCUCCGACCGACCCGAAGAACAACCCAUUGAUUACAGAGGCCGAACCAAGAUGAACCAAGACCCGCUGAGAACUGGAGACCUCAGUCUGACCCUGAAAUACCCCACACAUGGAGGGACCUACAUCUGCACCGUCUACAGCGGAGAGGAAAACAUUCUCAACAGGGUGGAGCUCAAGGUCAGAGUCCCCAAGGUGGAGGUGGAGGAGGGGGUAAAGUCUGUCCAGCUGCCCUUCAAAACCACAGAAAGCCUGCCUCAAGAUGCUAAAGUCCUGUGGUUUGACAACAGUGGUAGGAGGGUCCACGUGUAUCGGAACGGCUCUGACCAGCCUGGGGUGCAGGACAGAUGUUACAGAGGACGAACGGAGAUGAAUGGAGACCUGCUGAGAACUGGAGACCUCAGUCUGAGCCUGAGACAGCCCACAGGGAGAGACACAAACAUCUACACCUGCAUCGCCUACAGCAGGGAGGGAAAGAUCCUGAUGAAGAAAGAGGUGGAGCUGAAAGUCAGAGGUCAUUGCUUUAGAUACACCUGAAGGGUCAGAGAUGCCUGAGUCCAGCUCUUUGGACAGGAAACAGUUCAGAAUGACUAAAGAUGCAGCUGGAAACAUGAAAAAUGAUCAAUUCAAAAUGAAACCCUGAAUGAAAUGAUUGACAGUGAGCUCACAGUACAUUCAUAUCCAACCACAGCGCACUCACAACUACACACUGUUC